GGCUGACGAUGAGCUGGAGCGUCUGUCCUUCAACGAUAAGUUAAACCUGAGGCGGGGGGCGUGUGGUUCACUUGCUCCUCUCUCCCUAUUUAUUUCACAACCCUCUCCGAUGAAGGGUCUAGGCCCGAAACGUCAGUUUUUGUGCUUCUGAGUUGCUGCGUUCAUCCAGCUGCACCCUGUGUUAUCUUAGGGGGGGGGGUGUGGGCGUGUGUGUGAGACACACGAUUCCGGGUCACGUGACGUUCGGCGGUAGCGGAACUACAUUUCCCAUGAGACACUUGGAGCGCCACGCUGCGUGCAUGCGCGUUCCCGCCGUUGAUGAGUCGGUUCUGGGUUUGAUCGCGGCGGGGAUUGAUCGCUCGGUUUACGGUUAAGAAAGGACACGGUCGCUGUGGUGAGGGACUGUCGGCAAUGUGGAUAUUCGGGUACGGCUCGCUGAUAUGGAAAGUGGAUUUUCCUUACCAGGAGAAGUUGGUGGGUUACAUUCGGGGCUACAUCCGUCGAUUCUGGCAGGGCAGCACCGACCACCGGGGUGUCCCGGGCAAGCCUGGAAGAGUUGUCACACUUGUUGAAGAUCCUGAGGGCCUCGUAUGGGGUGUGGUAUAUAAACUUCCAGAUGGAAAAGAAGAAGAAGUGAAGGAAUAUCUUGACUUCCGAGAAAAAGAUGGUUACAGGACUAUUACAGUUACGUUUUAUCCAAAGGAUACCUCAAUAGAUCCUUUCCCUGUGAUGCAAUACAUAGGAACAUGUGAUAAUCCCAAUUACUUGGGCCCAGCGCCCUUGGAAGACAUGGCUUUGCAGAUUUUAAAUGCUGUUGGGCAAAGUGGAAGGAACACAGAGUACCUGUUUGAACUUGCUGACUCCUUGCGAAAGAUUGUUCCAGAAGAUACAGAUGAGCACCUCUUUUCAUUGGAGAAAAUGGUCAAGGAGCUCUUAGAGAGAAAUGGAAAAAGUAACUGUAUAUAAAGGAUUACUACAAUAAAGUAGGGCUGAAUUAGAAACUGUCUUCAUUUUAAAACCUCACGCUUAUUUAAUUUAUGCUUGCUGUGUCACUAUUAUUCAUGACAAUGUCCACCACACACAGAGCAAAAGGUAUUAAAUGCAAUGCUGAUGACCAUGUAUUAUGCACAUCAAAAUGUGAUCUCAUUAUUUGACCUUGGUCCUUGGUGAAGUCAUGCUUUCUCUGGAAAUAUAAUUGCUGACUAGCCUGAUUACAGGAGUGGUUUGUACUGACGUACCCUGAUUAUUUGGGUAUUAUUUUCGAAUAAGUGUCAUUUUUAAUGUUGCCAUAAAUUUUAAGUGGAGAAGUUGUAUGUCCAAAGUCAAUGUGGCUGGAUUAUAGGAUUAUCCAGUAACUUAUUUAUAUGGCUGCACCCCUUACCUUUUCAGUUGCUAGAAACAGUAGACCCCCAAGGAUUGUAUUGCAUGUACAGUAGAUGAAUAUUGGAAUACAAAAUUAUUCCCAGAAGUUUAUCUUGUUUGUACGGCAUAUGAUAAUGUAUUCCUUAUGUGGCCAUGGUAAAUUGCUGUCUCCAUAGCACAUCCUAAUACAACCUGGAGAAUAUUUAUCUAAGAUAAAAGCAAAAGAUAUAAGCUAAAAAGCAAAAAAAAUUCUGGAAAUAUUCAGUCAUAUCUUUUGAAAGAGAAACCGAAUUAAUCUUUCAGAUCAAUGACUUUUAGCUCAAUUGGCUGGGUGACUGGUUUAUAAUGCUGAGUGAUGCGAACAGCAUGGGUCCAAUUCUCCCAAUGGCAGAAGUCACCAUGAAGGUCCUGCCUUCUCAACCGUCACCCCUUGUCUGUGGCAUGGUGACCCUCCGGUUAAACUCGCCACCGCUUGUCUCUGUUGAGAGAGCAGCCCUGUGAUCCUUUAGGACUAUGUCAACUUUAUUUUCAUCUUCAUAACCACUGCUUCCAUUUCUUUCAAAUAUGAAGUUCUGGUAAUUUUACUAUCAACAUUUACAGUUCCUUUUGACCAAAAUUUUCUUCCCAUGUGCCAUCACAAGUCUCUCUUCCUUUGCACUGUUACCCCUUUCAUUAUUUAAUCAUUUCAGUCUUCUACAUAUAACAGAUCAUUAGUUCUGGUGUAAGGAUGUUGAUGUGAAAAAUUCCAUUUUGAGCAUUUCUUAAAAUUUUAUUUCCAGCUUUGAGCAUUAGCAUCAUUUUCCUCUUGUAAUAGGAUACUCAAUGUAAAUGUUUUCGAUGUGAUUAGUCUAACUCAAACUAGAAUAUGUUUGAGUGCACUCAAGCUUGUGUACAUGGUUUAUGAAUGAUAUUCUGCCUCACUACUUCAGCAUUUAAAUACUAAAUUGACAUGCUGAUUUUUUUUUUCUCAAAUGUGCAUUUUGAUAUUUGGAAAAGGUGAUAUCUUAAACUUAUGGUGCAAUAGGUCAUAAUUAUUUUAAGACUGUAAAAUUUGUCAUUAGAAACAUCACUUCUUGUUGGUUUAAGUUAUAGUAGAAGUGGUCAGAUUUCUGACUUGCACUGAAAACUCUUUAAGUCGGGAUUGCAGUAUGGUACUGUUGUAAUUCAUAUUAGUCAAGCUGCUGAUGUCUAGCAGGUGUGAUGAUCCUGUGUUUCAUAAAUGUGAUCUAUUGUAACUUUGGCAUUAUUAGACUUUUAUUUACCAGGUUUUGAGUAAACCUCAAAAAG